UGUUGUUUGUUGGUGAGGUCUCUUGAGCCGAGGUCAGACGUACAAGGUGCACGUUGACCGCCAUGACAGCCAAAGGAGCGGGUCCAUACUCCAAGUGGACAGUCGCCACCACCGACAAGAUAGCAAUGACGCCUCCUGAAAGCCCCACGAGCAUCCAGAUCACGUCGACGUCGAACUCCAUUCAGGUUUGGUGGACGCCUCCUCGCGAUAUUGGGGUUCCAGUGAACGGAUACAUCCUCGGGUACGGGCGAUACAUUCCCGAGGUCUUCAGAACAAUUCUUGGUCCAGCGACACACAGAUAUAAUAUCACAAACUUACGACACAAGUCCUUAUACAUCAUCAGUGUAAGAGCGUUCAACGGAAUAGGAGAGAGUUCUCCGAAAUUUCUUGUUGGAGAGACCAAAGAAGACCUGAAAGCCACGUUCCCUCUGAAAGCGCCAAUCAACGUCAAAGCAACCACUCUGUCACACAACGAGAUAGCGCUGGGGUGGUUCGACCCGAGUUUGGGCAAACUACAGAAGCGCGUGGACAGUCGCUACUACAUGUUACGCUACUCCGCGGUCAGUAACGACGUGUACAAGUUCGUGAACGCCACCAGGAGUCCGUUCGUCGUGGGCGACCUGAUGGUGUUCACCAAGUACGAGUUCUCCGUCAGGGCGGUCAGAGGUGACGACCAGAGCGGCUGGAGUUUACCACAGUUUAACAAGACAUCUCCGACAGUUCCGCUGGAUGCUCCCCGAGAACUCACAGUUCUGAUGGAUUCUAAAAGUCCUUCGACAUUAACCAUCAGCUGGCUUCCUCCCCAGACACCUAACGGAAUCAUUGAAGAAUAUUUUCUGUACAAGACCUCUGACCCGUCACUGGAACUCAAAUACUGGGUGGUGGAGACGACGCCGGGAACUAAGUUGACCAAGACUAUCAACAACGUCACUCCUCACACGAUUUUACACUUCCAGGUUCAAGCACGAAAUGUGGCCGGGUACGGGCCGCUGUCCGAGGUUGUUAUUUACAGUCCAGUCACAGACUCUGCUGCAGCGCCCUCUAACGUCAAUGUCUCUGCUCUGAAUGGAAACCGGUCUACGUCUAUUGAAGUCAGCUGGAGCAUGCCGGAGAAGCCGACAGUUGAGAUAACAGGCUAUAUCGUGUACUACAGAGUCCAGGGAUCAGGGGAAGACUACGAGGAUGAUGCAGAUGAUCUGUCGUGGAUGGUGCACGAUGAACGCGGAUUGUCGACAGUCAUCCUUGACCUUCAGCACAACCUGACCUACGAGUUCAAGGUCGGGGCGAGGUACUCUGGAGGAUUUGGUCCUGUCUCUGAAGUAGUUGUCUACACAACAUCAGCUAAAGAUGACGAGAUGGGGAUAGCAGAAUAUACAGACCAUUAUGAAGACAAUGGUGAUGAUGAAGAAGGACCUCGGAAUGAUGUCCCAUUGCCACCGUCAGAAAUAACGGCAGAGGGCGCCACGAAUUCUAUACGACUGGCGUGGGUUGCGCCAUCUGUGAACAAGUCUGCCACGGUCGAGUUCUACAGACUAGGUUACGGAGAGUUGUUUCCCGACUCCAGUCAAGUCGACGUUAACGCCACGGAGAGUGUUUACGUAAUAGAAGAUCUAAAACCCGAGACGACCUACAUAGUGUCAGUUCGAGCGGUGAACGGCGAGGGAUCGAGUCGCCCCGUCAUGACCACGGUCACAACAACAUCGUGAAACACGUGUGUUACUUGUAUUCACUUCAUUCUCUACCUCAGACAUGUAUUUCAGCACAUCUCCUUGGAGACCAGUAUUCAGAACUGUCCAAUAGGCAGUCCGAUAUUUGUGAACCGAUUCCUGUAGGCAGCUUUAGUAACCUUGGUGACGGAUCUGGACAUAUAAACUGCGUUUAGCGGUAGCCAGUCAGAUACCAUUGUUCAAGUUAAUAAAAAAAACAAAGGUCGUUGUGUUAAAUAAAUUGUGCUGAAUUAUGCUGAAUUGUUGUGGUUCACCUUGAUGUAGCGUGUUAAAAGAUGAUUCCGAA